GAAAGUGAAAGCAUCUGGAAGGAGCGUGAAUCCGCCCAGCUGCUCGCUAGUGUCUCUCUGUCUCUCUGUCUGCCUGUCUGUCUGUCGGUACCGGACGGUAUGGAGGGAACCGACAGUCCUUCGCCGCCGCCGUUGACCGUGGAGGGCGUCUGGAGUCCGGAUCAGAUCAGAACCGUGAAGAACAAACUGCAGCUUUACUUCCAGAGCAAGAAGAAGUCCAGCGGGGGGGACUGCCGGGUGGAGGCCGAAGACGGAGCUCCGAGAGCGGCUGUUCACUUCAAAUCAGCCGAGGUGAGAGAGCGAGUCCUCGCCAGGCAGAACCAUGAGAUCAUCCUGGACAAUCAAACUGUCAAGUUACGUCUGACUUCUGCUUCAAUCCAGACGAACAGUGACGACGUCUCAGAUCCAUCGACGGAUUCAAAGACUCCGACGUCACAAGUUGAACCUGGAAAUGGAGCUUCAGCUUCUGCAGACAACAAAGAGGAGACGGAGUGCGUCCAGAGCGUCUCCGCGGUGUUGGACAACGUGUCGGACAACAUGUCCAGAGAUCUGCUGUCCAUGCUGGUGGAGAACAUCUGCGGUCUGGACGAGAGCUGCUACAGUCUGGAGAUCAUCUGGGAGAGCAGCAGAGCCGUGGUCACCUUUAACACACCUGCAGAUGUGGAGAAGUUCCUCGCCGUGAGUCGGUCCAGCCAGAAGCUGCAGAGACACGGACUGACGGCUCGUCCACUGGAGGCAGCAGAGAGCGUCCGAGUGGAGAGUCUUCCUCCGGCUGUGGUUAAAGAAAUGUUGGAGCUGUAUUUUGAGAAGAACUGGGUUCUGCCGGACAACGUCGUCAUGAUCCCGACUGAACAGGCUGCCAUCGCAACUUUCAAUAACCCCAAAGUUGUCGAAAGAAUUUGCAUAAAACGAGACUACUUGAUGCGGUCCAUCCCUGUCAAGGUGUAUCCGUACUACGAGUUCCUGGGCGCCGCCUUGUACGGCAAAGAACGACCAUCGUGGAAGAUGCCCGAGCCCUUCACUGAGAGUGUCCACCACGUUGUCUGGAAGUUCCUCCAGAUGAAGAAGCUGUUAAAAAGCAUCAACGACCAGAUGCGUCCGUACUUCUGCAGCGUGGACUUGGACAACCCGGAGGUGAAGCUCAGCCCUCUGCCGAGCUUUUUGAGGCAAAAAGAUUUGACCGCCAAACGUGUAGUUGACUGGAUGAGUACCGCCCAAGAAGCCUUCCGGCGGCAAAUGUCUGAGUACUUUGCCUUCGACUGCACAACGAACGCAAGUGCCUGGAAAGCUGCGGAGAAGGACGUGCGUUCAGUUGUCAGGGAAGACGCCGUCCUGGUGUUGGAUGCAUCCAGGGGGGUUUUGACCGUGGCUGGCCGAGGUGACGAUAUAAAACGAAUCAGAGUUCCGGUGGAGAACAUCGUUCUUGAAGCCAUGAAUCAGAUUAAACGUCAGACAGACGGCGUCUCCGAGGUCAUGGGUAUGUCCCCUGCAAUGUUCUACAUCCUGAAUCACGAGGGCUUCCAGAAAGCUGCCCAGGACGUCUCCCCCGACAUGAAACUCUCCUUCGAUGAAGUCACCCAGAAGUUAACCAUUACCGGACUCCCUGCAGAAGUCUUCAAGACGAAGGCCUGGAUCUUGGAGAGGAAUGUGGGUAUGAGUAAAAAGCAGCUUAAUGUCCCCCCACAUCUUAUAGACUUCCUCAAGACCGUGGAUCCCAUGGACAUGUCGCAGGACCUGUUCACCUCCCAAGGCAUCAGCGCCAUCUACUUCGUUGAAAGCAAAGGGGUUUCUCUGUUGGGGAGCUCUGAGAGCGUCCUCGCCGUCGCAGAGACUAAGAUGAAGGCGGUUUUGGCGCUGCAGACUCUGGAUGUGGAAGACCAGGACGUUCUGAAACUUCACAACUGGGUGAACCUGAACCAGCAGCUGUUGGACACCUACAACUCCUUAAAGAAGACGACGGUGGCCAUUCAGAUCCACCCGGAGAGAAAAGACAAGAUAACGGUGGCCGGCUUCCAGAUCCCGGUGAAAGAGGUCAGCAGCAGUCUGAAGGAGUUCAUCGCGAACUACUCCCGAAUUCAAGAAACCGUUCGUGUCGAGUCCUGCGCAGUUGUUCAGUUCAUCGACAAGAAGAGAUCACAAGAUUGGUCCGGUAUCGCCAAAGAUUAUGACGUAGAAGUCCGAUUUGAUCCAGAGAGGCCGAAGAUCACCCUCGCCGGUGCUCGUCUUCACGUCCAGAAAGCCAGAUUGUGCUUUCAGGAGCUGACCGGCUUUCUCUCCACUGACACCUUCGUCGUGGAUAAACCCGGAGCCAAGAAGUACUUCCAGGCUCAAAGAAGCAAUUUCCUGUCUACAAUAAUGACGGAGUGCAGCUGCGUGGUGGUGCUUCGUCCAGACAAUCAAGAGGAAGAGGAGGAAGAGGAAGAAAGUGGCCUUUGUUAUUGCAAAGUGAAGACCACGAGUGGAGUUCUGGUUUCGGUCAGCAAGGCGGACAUCUGCAGCUUCGCCGUAGACGCGGUGGUCAACGCCGCUAACGAGGAGCUGAAGCACAUCGGCGGUUUGGCGUUCGCGCUGCUCAAGGCUGCCGGACCGGAGCUGCAGAAAAUCAGCGACAACCACGUCGCCAAAAAUGGGAAACUACGUCCGGGUGACGCCAUCGUGACCGGUGCGUAUAACCUGCCGUGCAAGCACGUCGUACACGCAGUCGGUCCGCGAUUCUCUGACUCUGACAGGAUGACGUCAGUGAAGCGCCUUAAGCUCGCGGUUAAAAAUAGUCUGACCCAAGCGGAGGCGGUGAACUGCUCCACCAUCGCGCUGCCGGCCAUCAGCUCCGGCGUGUUUGGGUUUCCUGUUGACCUCUGUGCUGACACCAUCGCCCAGGCGGUUCGGGAGUACUGCGACAGUCCAGGAGGUCCUAGAUCGCUGACGGAGAUUCACCUGGUGGACAACAACGAUAAAACGGUGACGGUUCUGGCCACCGCUGUCAACAGAGAGUUCAUGGACCUUGAACCUUCGAUGACGGUACCAGAGCCGGCAGGAAGAGGAAGAGGCGCUGCGGCGUCAGGAGGAGAUCAGCUGGGUGGAGGUCGAGGUCAGAGCCAGUCGCCAGGAGGCCGUCGGUUUGGUGGAGGAGGAGGAGGAGGAGGAGGAGGAGGAGGAGGAGGAGCUUGGGGAGGUCAGAGCCCCGGGGGACACGGCAGGACCAGAGGACAUGGAGGGUCGGCGAGGCCGGAGCAGACCACGGCUGAGGGUCUGAAGAUCAUUCUGCAGAAGGGAAACAUCGAGGACCAGACUACUGACGUCAUCGUCAACACCAUCUCGGAGGACAUGAACCUGAACCAGGGAGCCGUGUCCAAAGCGCUCCUGCAGGCGGCCGGGCACGGCCUGCAGUCGGCCAUUCGGUCCAAAGCCGGGGGGACCGCACUGCGGUACGGCGAUGUCGUCAUCACCGACGGCUUCAACCUCAAGUGUCGCAAAGUCUUUCACAACGUUUGCCCGCACUGGAACAACGGAGACGGCCAGGAAGAGGAGGAGUUGAUAUCCAUCAUCAGAUAUUGUCUGGAGGAGGCCGAGAAGCACCGCAUGGCGUCGCUGUCCUUCCCGGCCAUCGGCACGGGAAACCUGAGCUUCCCCAGAGACGUGGUGUCCAAAGUCCUGCUGCAGGAGAUCCACUCCUUCAGCCGCAGACGAACUCCUCGCCAUCUGAGAGAGGUGGCCGUCGUCGUUCACCCGAGCGACACCCAAACCGUGGAUUGUUUCACCAGAGAGUUCAAAGGUCAGACUCCUCAGCGGGAAGCUCAGGAAUUCAACGUGUCGCCAGGCAGGAAAUCCCACAGCCAAUCACAGCAGUCCUCAGCCUCCUUCAGCCAGGUGUCGUCUCCAUCCCUCGGAGUCUAUCGGAUGCAGAUGGGUCAGCUCGUCCUCGAGGCGUCGUCUGGUGACAUCACCAAGGAGGCCUGUGACGUCAUCAUCAACUCCUCCAAUCAGGCCUUUAACCUUCAAUCAGGCGUGUCGAAGGCGAUCUUAGACAGCGCUGGAUUAACCGUUCAGCUGGAGUGUUCACAGAUCGUGAGUUCUCCGAGUUACCAGCCCGGUCUGUUCAUCCUGACGUCGGCCGGCCUGCUGCCGAGCAGACACAUCAUCCACGUGGUCGGCCAGAACGAUCCUGCUAAGAUCAAGGACAUGGUUUACUCAGUGCUGAAGUUCUGUGAGGAGAAUAAGUUCAUCUCCGUCUCCUUCCCAGCUCUGGGAACAGGUCUGGGAGGGGCCAACCCGUCGGCGGUGGCGGACGCCAUGGUGGAAGCGGUGGUGGACUUUGUGAGGAAGAAGCACCCGAGGUUUGUUCGCAGCGUAAAGAUCCUGAUCUUCCAGCCCGUCAUGAUGGCGGAGUUUCAUAAGAGCAUGAAGAGGAGAAUGGGAGAGGACGUGGAGGAGAAGAGCACAUUCGCCAAGUUCAGAGACACCGUCACUUCGUUUUUCAUGGGACUCGGAGAGGAGCGACCCAGCACCGACAGCCUGGUUCUGGAGAGAGAGGAGUUUGAGGCCACGGUGUUCCAGCUGUGUGCCGACAACCACACGGCGGUGAGUCAGGCCAAGAGGAAGAUCUCGGAGCUGAUUGAGUUUGAGCAGGCGAAGGCCACCAUCACAGACCACUACAUCGGUCACCUGUCGCAGGCUGACAUGGACCAGCUGAAGGCCCUGCAGAGGAAGCUGACUGUCAGCAUCCGUCUGGACCGGCUGGAGGACCAGGAGCCCAAAAUCCACCUGGAGGGUCUGACCAGAGACGUCUACACCGCCGAGUCUGCUGUCAGGGACAUCAUCCGGAAGGUGGAGCGGUCGGAGAACCUGAAGAGCAAGGCGUUGCUGCUGAGCGGGCUGGUGGAGUGGCAGUUUGAGCAGCACGGCGACGUGAUGGUGCCCUUUGACAUCUACACCAACCUCACCCUGGAGGAGGCGCUGGAGAAGAAACAACAGAGUGUGAGGAUCAAGAUCAACAACGACAAGUUCGACGCUCAAGUGACAAUGAGAAAAGCCGUGUCAGUGAACGGGCGUAGACAGCUGAAGCUCCUCAGAAGAGAGGUGAAAGACGACAGCGCUCUGCCGCCUCACUGGGACGACCUGAAGGGCGACCUGCUGAAGCUGUUUCCUCUGAAGGUCGGAUCUAAAGAAUACAAGGAGGUGGAGGCGGAGCUAACGAAGACCGGACUGCCCGCCAAAAUCAUCAACAUUGAACGCGUCCAGAACACGACGUUGUGGCAGAGCUACCAGCUGCUGAAGAAACAUCUGGAGGUGAAGAACAAACACACCAACAACGAGAGGAUGCUGUUCCACGGAACCGCCGCCGCCUCCGUCAACCUCAUCAACACACAGGGCUUCAACCGCAGCUACGCAGGAGCGCACGGUGCGAUGAUCGGCAACGGCUCUUACUUUGCGGUGGACCCGGUCUACUCGGCACGAGGCUACGCCAAACCCGACGCCAGCGGCCUGAAGCGGAUGUACCUUGCCCGGGUCCUGGUCGGAGACUUCACCCAAGGAAGAGGCGGCUUAAUCACCCCGCCCUCCAAGAACUCUGGGAACGCCGCAGACCUGUACGACAGCGUCGCAGAUAAUCAGGCCAAUCCGACCAUGUUUGUAGUCUUCAAUGACAUCCAGGCGUACCCAGAAUACCUGAUCACAUUCACAUGAAGCGCCACGGUCACACUGUGCCUCCUUUAGUUUAGAACAACAGGAAAUCAUGAGAAUAUUGUUUAUAACAGUGCACAUUCCCUGAAGGGGUAAUCUACAAACACUCAUUACAUGAUUAAUUAAACAUAAAGCACCGUCUCCGAGUUGAAGGUUAACGUUAAAAAACUAAAGCAUGAUUAUAUUACUAUUAUUAUUAACUGUCAUCAUUUUCCUUCAUCUGACAUUUAUCUUUACUUAUCUUCUAUCAUCACUUUGUAUUUUUCUGUUUUGGGACGUAGUCUGAAAUAUUGUUUAUUAAAAGGAUAAUUUGGGGAA